AUGCUUGAGCAGAAUGGAGGUAUUGGGACCGAUUUUGCUAUACUCAGCAAAGGCUCCUAUAAUAUCUCUUUACAAUUGAAGGAUGAAAAUGAAGCCUCUGUUAUCCGGUUGUCGCAACCCGGCGCAGUCUUCUUCCCUGAGGAAAAGGUUGUGAAUGAGGUUGCCAUAAUGCGAUUUCUUAUAGACAAGACGUCAAUACCUAUUCCCUUUAUCUACCAGUCGGGAACCAAGAAGGAGAGCCCCCUUGAACUGAGCCCAUUCAUUAUAAUGGACUACAUCGAACAUGAAACCAAAAUGUACGAAGCUCUCAAUACUCCAGGAUGUCCGAUAGACGAGCGCGGGAUCCUAAAUCCGGCUAUCGACCAAGAGAGGCUUGAAACGCUAUAUAGACAGCUAGCAGGUAUCUUGCUCCAGCUUUCUGUCCCCUCUUUGCCCCGGAUAGGAUCUUUACGCCAAAUCGACGACUUCACCUGGGAAGUAGCCCGCCGGCCCUUGUCUAUGAAUAUGAAUGAACUUGUCCGGCUAGGAACCCUACCACAGUCGAAACUUCCUGGUCUACAUACUACAUUCACUACUUCCUCGUCUUACUUUGAAGCUCUCGCGGACCUGAACAUUGAGCAUCUUGUCCACCAACGAAAUGAUUCUGUGGAAUCUGCAGACGACUGUCGGCGAAAAUUCGUGGCAAGGGGGCUAUUCCGUAAGCUUGCCAGGGACAAGCGACUCACCGAUCCCUUACUCGAGGAAGGACCCUUCAAGAUAUGGUGUGAUGAUUUACGUCCGGCCGAUGUGCUCCUUCAUAGCGAUUUGAAAAUUGCCGGCGUGGUGGACUGGGAAUUCACAUACGCAGCCCCCGCUGAAUUUUCUUAUGCGCCACCCUGGUGGUUGCUUAUCGAGAAGCCCGAGUACUGGCCCAAAGGCCUGGAGAUCUGGACGAGAACAUUUGAUCAUCGCCUCAAGACAUUUAUCAAGGUCCUGAAAGAUUGUGAAGAGAGCAUGAUCCAACAGGGUCGGUUGGACGAUCACCAACGGCUCUCUGGCCUAUUGCAUAGUUUUGCCUUUGAUACAAUCUACUGGGAGAAGAUCGAUCCACGCUUUUUCAGGCCUACUCAAAGCCCCAAGGAAGCAUGGAAAGAGAGACUCGAGCUGCUGGAUGAUCAGGAAAGGGAUGAGAUGGAACAAUUGGUGGCUCGAAAGCUGGAAGAGAUGAAAACGAGGCCUCUUGCAUGGGAUCCGGAUGAAUGGACAUUGGCUUUUCACCAAAAAUUGAAAGAACGGAAAGAGAGUGCAGUUGGAGAGAAGACGCAAAUGACUGAACCAGAUGAAAUCCAUAAGGUCGAUAAUGGACCGGAAUAA